AUGAGCCACUACCCCAGCGCUGCGCAAUAUCAACCACAUUAUCCUUGGCCGUAUUAUCAACAGCCAUUUACACCACCAGCGCAGCCAUUCAACUUGCAACCGCACUCCAACGACCCUUGGGACCACCCACCGCAUUCUCCAUGGGUAAAUCCACAUUCCCCAUCGCCUUGGGUGAACGGAGCGCCGAUGUGGCCCGCUGUCGUUGAUCCGCCUCCUCACCAAGCACAUCUGUGGCCGUGGAUGAAGAACCCUCACCCCAGUCCCGGUUGGUGGGGGCCACACAGCUUUCCAGUGCCCCAACUUCGCGAUACAGACAUGAUGCCACGGCCGAUUGACUUUCCUGAUGACCGACACCAGGUAGACCGACACCUCGAUAUGCCCCCUCUUGUGGACAACAGCCACACACCAGCAUGGCCGAUGGUUCCAUUUAACCCGCAAACUCCGCAAACACCGGCGCCUUUUCUCCCCCAGCCACUUGUCCAGCCUGUUGUGUUCACAACAGCGUACUAUGACCGCAGGAGCCCGCCAAGAAGACCUGCGGACUGGCGCCGCGAUUAUGUCCCGCCCGGUCGCUGGAAAGGCCUUUCCAUGCUUCGUAAAGCAGAAACAAAUCCGCCCCCCGUCGAGCGCUGUAAUCUCAUUCACACCCUCUUGAUGCCCAAUACCACUACGCCUGUCAUGUCUCUGGACUUGCGCACUGGGCUCCCCCUCCUCGACCCGUCAUCCUCGCUAGAGUUUCUCACGAGCAAGAACCAGCAUCCGCCAAACGAGACCGAUCUGAUGCAGAACGCAAGCUAUUUCCCUGUCGAUUGCAUUCGGAUAACGCAUGAAUAUUUGCCUUGGACCAUAGACAUUCGCGCAAGCACCUCACCGUUGAACGGGGUUCUGAUUCAAGAUGUGUUGGAGCAGCUUGUUGCCGCGCUGCAGACGCCGAUACACUGGACCGACUUUUACAAUCGUGUGCUCUCUGCGGGAGACAGGGAGCGCAUCGCGGAGGCGUAUAGAGAGCGGGCAGCCAAUCGCUUGGACGUGAUGAAAGGGGGGGUGGUGAAGGUCGAUUUCUUGGGCACGGAUUGUAUCCUGCAUGGGUUUGUGGAAGGGAGGAGGGGAGUUUGGGAAAUGAAGACGGGUCCACGCACUGGUCGGUAA